AUGGCUGCAGUGGCUGUUGGCAACGGCAGCGCUGCGAGCAACUCGAAUGCGACUGCGACUGCAGGAGGGGUCACUUCUGCGUCACGCUUUGCUGACAUUCCCUCCGCCAUUGACAUUCCCGUGUCGGGAGGCCUCGAUGCCGACGAAGCAGUCGAAGUGAACCUCGAGGACCAUCUAGACGACCCGACGGAACUCUGUCAACUGCUCGAGAACGAAAAGGCCGCCAAAAAUCUGUGGAUUGUAAUUGCGCUGGCCUAUGCGAAACAGGCGCAAAUCGACCAUGCAGUUGAGAUCUUGAUCAAGGGUUUGGGAUCUUUAUCCCGGAGCGGCCCAAAAGAGAGGCUCAGCCUCCUAACAUGUCUAGCCUGGCUAAACCUCCUCAAGAGCAGACAAGCACCUCGCGUCUUGCCAGAGUCUCAGCCGUCAUCCGACGCGAAAACCAAAGACCACUACCUGCGAGAGGCCACCUCGACCAUCAAUGAUGCCCUUCGGAUAAACCCUGCGUACCCUCCUCUGUACCUUACGCGAGGUAUCCUCUUCCUUCUUCGGGCAUCUUUGCAGUCCUCUACAAAGACUGGGGCAGAGGCAGAAAGAGCAGAAUCUCUCAAACAGGCCUUGAAAUGCUUCGACGAUGCUCUAAGGGCUUCUGAUGGCCGCAACAUGAUGGCCGCGAUGGGACGGGCAAGAGCACUGUAUCUCCUCAAGCAAUUUGGUCCAGCCCUACACACAUACCAAGAAGUCCUGUCAAAAAUGCCGGGUCUCACCGAUCCGGAUCCUCGUAUAGGCAUCGGUUGUUGUCUCUGGCAGCUGGGAUUUCAGGAACGAGCCAAGAUAGCGUGGGAAAGAUCACUUGCAUUGAAUCCGGAGUCCAAAGUUGCGCAUGCCCUCCUGGGAGUCUACUAUUUGCACGAGAGUACCAAAUAUCCUGCAUCCGACCCUCAAUUCAACGUCCUGUACAAAAAGGCCAUGAUUGACCAUACAAAGAAGGCCUAUACCAUCGACAAGAACUUCCCACUCAGCUGCGCAACUUUUGCGAGCUACUUCUUACUCACCGGUCGAUAUGAGACGGUCGAACCUCUGGCACGCAAGGCCAUCGAGCAGACCGACAUCAACGCCAUCGCCAGUGACGGGUGGUACUUAUUGGCCCGCAAAGAGCACAGCAAGGGCGACCUGGUCAAGGCGAACGACUUCUAUACCCGAGCGGAUCAGGCAAGAGGCGGUCUCGACAAAGGCUACUUUCCGGCCAAAUUUGGUCUUAUCCAAAUCAUGGUGCAGACACGGGACAUCCAGGGGGCCAAGUUCCGCCUGGAGUCACUUGGCCAACUCAAUCGGUAUGUGGAAGCCAUGACCCUCUUGGGUUGCAUCUAUGCCGAAGAAGCCUUCUCGGUCCAGGGCACUGCCACGAAAGAGGAGAAAGCGGCAUCUGCCCGUAAAGCAAUUACGCUUCUGGAGAACGUCCGGAAAACCUGGAAGGAGGAGAAAUCCCGGACCAAACCCGACGAGUCGGUGUUGCUCUAUUUGGCGCGUCUCUACGAGCAGGAGAAUCCCGUGGAAAGCUUAAAGUGUCUGCAACAGGUCGAGGCGAUGCAACUGGAGAAAAUCCCCGACGAGGACAAGCCGGAUCUAAGCGAAGACGAGGCGACGUACAUCUCCCAGCUACGAGAGUAUAUCCCUCCACAGCUUCUGAACAACAUGGCUUGCUUCCUCUACAGUCAAGAAUCGUACCCGCUUGCCCGCGAGACAUUCCAGAUUGCAUUGAACGCCUGCGUCAAGCUCACCGAGAAACAAGAGGCUGAGAAGAAGGCCGUGGAGGAGGACAAGAUGGGUUCUGACGAAGUCGACAAUAGUGACACGGAUGCGCUUGUGACUACAAUAUCCUACAACUUGGCCCGAACUUAUGAAGCACUGGACCUGGCCGCUGAGGCACAGAAGGUGUAUGAAGGCCUUCUUGCCCGACAUUCCGACUACACGGAUGCUUCGGCCCGGCUAGCGUUCAUGACUUUGGAGACGUCGCCCCGAGAUGAAGGGCCAAGAAAGAUCCAUGCUGUAUAUCAGAGCGACUAUGGCAACACUGAGGUCCGAGCGCUGAUGGGUUGGUACCAUCAUAGUGCGAAGAAGAAAACCAACAAUGUCGCGGAAGACGUGGAGUAUCGACACUACAAACAUACCCUGCAGGGUUAUGACAAGCACGACCUCUACUCUCUCACCGGCAUGGGCAACGUCCAUCUUGCCAUCGCAAGGGACCUUCCCCGGAAUACGGAGCAGGAAAAGGAGAAGCGAAGCAAGAUGUAUUCCAAGGCGUACGAAUUCUUCGACAAAGCGCUGCAGCUGGAUCCUAAGAACGCCUACGCGGCGCAGGGUGUUGCGAUUGCAUUGUGUGACGACAAGAAGGCAUAUUCGGAUGCAUUGCAAAUCUUCACCAAGGUCAAGGACACUCUCCGUGAUGCUUCUGUGAACGCCAACCUGGGGCAUGUUUUGACCGAGCUGCGCCAAUAUCAACGUGCCAUCGACAAUUACGAGAUUGCUCUUCGAAAAGAAGGAAAGGGCGAGAAUGCCCAGUUGCUCGCCUGUCUGUCGAGGGCGUUACUGUUGAAAGGCAAGGCUGAUCGGUCCAUCCCUGCGCUCAGCACGGCUCUUGAUUACAUGAAGCGUGCACUGGCGACUCAGCCGGAUUCUCCUCAUCUGCAAUUCAACGUCGCCUUCAUUCAGUUCCAGAUUGCACAGCACGUCAAUCAAGCCAAGGAAACCGAUCGUACUUUGGAGGAUGUGGAUGCUGCUAUUGUAGGUCUCGAAGCAGCGAUUGAGACUUUCGAGCGUGUUGCUCGACAUAAACAGCCGCCGUACCCGCGCUCUGCACUCGAGCAGCGCGCGGCCAUGGGCCGGAACACCAUGAGGAACCAGCUCGAACGACAGCGGGCCAGGCAGGCAACCUACGAGAAUGAAAACGCCGCGAAAUUGGAGGAAGCCAAGCAGAAACGCCAAGAAGAACUUCGCAGGCGAGAAGAAGCGGCGAGGAGGCGCCGAGAAGAGGAUGAAGAGCGUGCGAGGAGGAUUGCAGAAGAGCGCCGGAAGAUCAUCGAGGAAACGGAAAGGCUUGCCGAGCAAGUGCGCGCCGAAGCUCUGGCACGAGAAGCUGCCGAAUACACCGACGACGACGAGACUGGCGACCGAGUCAGGCGCAAAGCCAAGAAAGGAGGAGCCAAGCGAAAGAAGAGAGAUGACGAGGAUGGGUUUAUUGAAGAUGAUGGCGACCUUGAUGGCAAAAGUGAACGGACGGUUUCGAGGACUCCGAUGAGCGGUUCGGACAACGAAGCGCCGGGCGAAAAGCGGAAAAAGAAGAGGAGAAAGUUGGAGCGCAAGACCACGUCGAGGCAGCCCAAAAAGAAUGGCCGGUACAAGUCGGCCGCCGUUGUCGUCGAUUCGGAUUCGGAAUUGGACGAUGAGCCGGACGCGGUGCCGACUCCUGACGCAGCGGCGCAGACACCACCCUCCGACGGGCCCGAUGGCGACGAGAAGAUGGUAGACCGAGGGGACGAUGAUCAAGGAGAUGAGGGGGGCCGACCUCAGCCACGAAUGAGACAGAGAAAACAGCUCCGAACCAUCGCCGACGACGACUCGGACGAUGAAGACGAAGAGGAAGAGGCAGGUGGGAACGAUGCUGUCGCGUCGACGAGACCUGGCGAGGCCGCUGGGGGGGAGAGCGAAGAAGACGAAUGA